AAAAAAGAAAGCAGAACAGAACUGUUGAAGUUUCCGUUUCUAAACUCGUGUUGCGUGGAUCGCAUCUGACCUAUUCUGGAUUGAUGGAUUGAUAAAUUAUUCAAGGGUCAGUAAAUGCAGUCCUUCACCGUCAGAGAAUUUGUGUGUGCCUGAAAGCGGACUCAUUAAUCUUCACCUUGUAGCAUCAGAAUAUCUUCUCAUUGCCACAAACUGAACGACAAUGUCUUCUAAAGAUCCCUACCAGUACAUAAUAAAACACCAAACACCAGCAGGAGAUGACAGAAUGAUACAGGUGGAACACCAGUAUUCUCAUAAGUUCAAAGUGACUGUGUUACGAGCCGAACACGUCACUAAGGGAGCUAUUGGCGACUUGCUUGAUACUCCUGACCCCUACGUUGAGCUAUUCAUCUCCUCGGCUCCAGAAAGCAGGAGGAGGACAAGGCACAUUAACAAUGAUGUCAAUCCGAAGUGGAAUGAGUCAUAUGAGUUCAUACUGGAUCCCAACCAGGAAAAUAUACUUGAGAUCACUCUAAUGGAUGCUAACUACGUUAUGGAUGAGACUCUGGGCAGCACGACCUUCCCCAUCUCCUGCGAAACAAUCAGAGUAGGGCAAACAAAGGAGGUGCCAUUCCUUAUCGGCAAAGUUACUAAAGUGUUUCUAGAGAUGACCCUUGAGGUGUGCUCAUCCACAGACCUGCGCUUCAGCAUGGCGCUGUGCGACAAAGAGAAGAUGUUCCGGCAGAAGCGCAAGGAGCGAGUGAUGUUGGGAAUCAAGAACCUCCUGAGAAUGGAGAAGGGUCGCUGUCUUCCAUCAUCACAUCGGGAUGUGCCGGUGGUUGCUGUACUGGGCUCUGGAGGUGGAUUUCGAGCCAUGGUGGGAUUCUCUGGGGUGAUGAAGGCUCUCUAUGAAUCUGGAGUUCUGGACUGUGUUACAUAUGUUGCAGGACUCUCAGGAUCCACAUGGUACAUGUCAACGCUGUAUUCUCACCCGGACUUCCCGACAAAAGGGCCACAGGAGAUCAACCAGGAGCUGAUGAAAAGCGUCAGCAGCAACCCGCUUUUCCUGCUCCGGCCGCAGAACAUCAAACGCUACAUCGAGGCGCUGUGGAAGAAGAAGGCCUGCGGACAGCCAGUCACCUUCACUGACAUCUUCGGCAUGCUCAUUGGGGAGACCCUCAUCCACGAUAGAAUGAACUUUAAAAUGAGCCACAUGCAGGACAAGAUCAAUGAAGGACAGAGUCCUCUGCCAUUAUUCACCUGUUUGCAUGUCAAGCCUGACGUCUCAGAGCUUAUGUUUGCAGAUUGGGUAGAGUUCAGCCCCUAUGAGAUUGGAAUGGCUAAGUAUGGGACAUUCAUGCCUCCUGAUAUGUUUGGAAGCAAAUUCUUCAUGGGAACGGUGGUGACAAAAUAUGAGGAGAACCCUCUGCACUUCCUUAUGGGUGUAUGGGGCAGUGCUUUCUCCAUUCUCUUCAACAGAGUCCUGGGUGUCUCCAGCUCAGACAACUCAGGAUCCACCAUGGAGGAGGAGCUUGAAAAUAUUAAGCCUCAGCACAUUGUGGGAGACGACAGUCUGGAUGGUGACGAAGAACCUCGCAAAGGAACGGAGAACCUGGAGGUGGAGGAGGAGUACCAGAAAAACGCACAGGCCAGCUGGGUUCAGCGCAUGUUCACUUCCAUGAUCAGCGACUCCACUCUCUUCAACACUCGUGAGGGGAGGGCCGGAAAAGUGCAUAACUUCAUGCUGGGCCUCAACCUCAACACCGCCCUCCCCUACUCCCCCUUCAGAGACCUCAUGUACCAGAACUCUGUGGAAGAGGAGGAAUCCGUGGUAACAGAUCCAGACGAGUUUGACCAGAUCUAUGAGCCGCUGGAUGUAAAGAGUAAGAAGAUCCACGUGGUGGACAGUGGACUGACCUUUAACCUGCCGUACCCCCUGAUCCUGCGACCCCAGCGAGGGGUCGAUCUCAUUAUCUCCUUCGACUUCUCUGCUCGGCCCAGUGACUCCAGCCCGCCCUUCAAGGAGAUUUUGCUGGCAGAAAAAUGGGCCAAAAUGAACAAACUGCCCUUCCCCAAGAUCGACCCCAAAGUGUUUGACAGAGAAGGCCUGAAGGAAUGCUACGUGUUCAAGCCCAAGAAAGGAUACAAAAACUGCCCGACAGUCAUCCACUUUGUGCUAGCCAACAUCGAUUUCAGAAACUUUAAGGCUCCAGGUGUACCGAGAGAAACCCAGAAAGAGAAGGAAUAUGGUGAGUUUGAUAUCUUUGAUGAUCCUGAAUCACCGUACUCCACCUUCAACUUCCGGUACUCCAACCAAGCGUUCAAACAGCUGCACGAUCUGAUGGAGUUCAACACGCUCAACAACAUUGAAGUGAUAAAAGAAGCUAUCAUUGAUAGUAUUAAAUUCAGGAAGGAGAAUCCAUCCCGCUGCUCUGUGUCUCUCAACGAUAUUGGAGCCAGAAAGUAUUUCAAUAAAGAACCCCACGGCAAACUGAACACCUAACAAAGCCACUUCCAACGAGGAGGGUUGUACCAGCUGUGAUUGUCAUUGCACCCCAUCAGCACGUUAUCAGACACAUCUACAGUAUGCAUUAUAGAACCUGAGUAUUAGCAGAAGAGGUGUCUGAAAUACUUAGAGGCGGAUACUCUGUGGUUUGGCUGAUCGUCAUAACAAGCCUUCUUAAAACUGCUGGAUUCAUUCUAUGCAAGUCAUUUGGCUGGUUCUCCAGACCCGGAUUUGUACUAAUCUUGGACUACCUAAUGUUACCUUACUGCAGGUAAAGCGGUCUGUGAAGCCAGCUGAUUUAAGUAUGGUACAUGUAGUAGUAACUAUAUAUGUAAACCCAAAUCGGGCUGAACUGUGCAUGGUCAUUUGCAUUACUAAACAGUUGAAGUUGUGAUGUUCAGACAGAAGUGCAUAGAUAUAUACUUUCUCUAUCUGAAAUUUGUGUGCUGGAAUAUAAAUGUUUUUGCCAGUGUGUGUUUUAUAAAGGCAGACCAUUUUAUUUUUUUUAUUUUUUUUUUCCUAGGGAGAAAAGGUAUGCAGUAAAACAAUCACAGUUAUAACUAACUUAUAAAUAAGAAAAAUAAGGAAAAAGUAACAGCGCAUUACAAAGAGACUGGAUGAUUUAUUUAUGAAUAGAUUUGUAGUUGGAUUGCAGGACUGGACCUAAAAACAAUUGUGAUGUCCUUCCUGGAAAUGAAAUGUAUCUGAAUUUCAUAUUGGUCAUCCCAUGCCAAAAAAAAAAAUUAAAAUAACUGUUAUUACAUUCCUAUUGUGAUCAUAUGAUUGAGACUUCUUUAUCUAUGUUUAAUACUAGUCUAUUUGUAUUAUUUUAAUCCAGUGUAGUUUAUGUGUACCAUAAACAGUCAUUUACAAAUGAGAGUUUGUAUGUUUUAAUCUGAAGUAUGGUAGUGUAGCCUGAUUAUUUAACAAUUGUUGAUAUUUUGUACUUGAUGCUUGGUUGUUAUAGUAAUCCGUAGUUUAUGAUCUUAUCUGUUAGUGUUACUGCCAUGUAAGGGUAUGCAUUUUUGUUGAAUGUCUUAACUUAAACAGGCCUAUUAUUUCAUGCUUCGAUGCUAAGAUGUUGAAAGAUUUUCUCCAACAAGCACUUCAGAUUGUAGGAUUCUCACUAGUUUUAAUUUUAGGUUCUCAAGGAAGUAACCAUAGUAUACUAGCUUGGGUAAGUGUGGCAUGAAUUCACACAGUACUCAGUAUUUUAUGGUUAACACUAGGAUAUCUGCUUGCAAUGCAAAUAAUUGUUUCUGGUGUGAACAGCAUGUUUUCAUAUCCUUUCUUCUAGCAUUUGUAGAUAUUGUUUCAGGCUGUUUUUCUCCAAAUGUGAACUUAAAGGUUGGGGUUCUUCUACUUGUUUCUGGGUAGUGCAUUUUUGCAUCAUAACACAGGUCCAGUAAAGUCUUUUGGUUUCCUACAAAUGAUGAGGCUGAGGCUUAUCAGAAUGAGGCAGAGUGCCCUGCAUUAUAGCUACCUACACUAAACUCUACCUGUCUUUAGAAUGGCUGAAACAGACCCAUGCUGCAUUGAGACCAUAGAGUGAGCUGAGACCAUCAGAUUUGCAUUCCACAAAUUCAAAAUGUUACUAUUUAGACACACUGCCAGCCUUUUUUUAUUUUUAACUUUUAAAAUGUGUGGGUGGAAAACAAUCAGCCAGGACUGAUCUGAGCAUGGUCAGUUGUUUUUCCUUAAGCUUAAGCUUUCCUUAAGGUGUCCUAUCCAACAGUAGCCUGAAUCCCCAGUGGUCCUUUAUUUAACUGUCACCUUUCUUUUGAGCAAUGAAGACUGAAUCUAUAUUCAACUAUAAUUACUAUAACCAGCAGAACGGGUGUUCGUGCCUUGUUAAAUGUCAUAUAGUUUCUUUUUGUUUUAUGCAACUGGCAAAUACAUUUUUUUUUAUAUGUGUUUUAUAAACUCUAUCACUAAACCAAAGUCCCAGUCCCAGUCAUUUUUUUUUUAAAUUUAUAAACUAUAAACUACUAGAAUUGUUAAUAUACUGUGACUGCCUUAUUUAUUGUUAAGUUAAUAUGACCAAGGCUUCAUUUUUAUUUAUGUAUGGAACAGUAAUUCAAUUGUUUAUCCACUUUGUAUUCAUAUGUAAAACAUUUUUGCAUUGUUUUUAUAAUCUGUUCAAUAAACAGCAUUUUAAACCUCACAGAGCGUGUCAGCCACUCUCCC